UCCGAUGAUGAUGAGGGAGCUGCUCCCACUGGUGUUACAGAAACCACCAUGGAGGUCACACCGUACCCCCAUCCAAACUAUCCAAAUGUUACUUUAUGGGAUCUUCCUGGAAUCGGCACCACCAGGUUUCCAGCUGAUAAGUACCUCAAGCUUGUUGGAUUUCAGAAGUUUGACUUCUUCAUCAUCAUCUCAGACACUCGCUUCAGAGAAAAUGACGUGAAACUGGCUCAGGAGAUUCAGAAGAUGAAGAAAAAGUUCUACUUUGUUCGAUCAAAGAUUGACAACAAUAUGCGAGCUGAGGGAAGAAAGAAAGACUUCAAUGAAGACGAGGCUCUGACAAAAAUCAGAGAAUACUGCAUUAAAGGACUCAGAGGAUUAGGCAUCGAGUCUCCACAGGUGUUCCUGGUGUCCAGCUUUGAGCUCCACCUGUACAACUUCCCUCUCUUACAUCAGACCUUAGACAGAGACCUUCCUGCACACAAGAGAGAUGCUCUGCUGCGCGCCAUGCCCAACUUCAACCCAGAGAUCAUCAGCAAGAAGAAACAAGCUCUGAAGUCCAGAAUAAAAUACUGGGCUACUCUGUCUGCAGCUGGAGCAGCUGUUCCAGUUCCUGGUCUUUCUAUUGAUGUUGACCUUGCUAUGCUGGUUGGUGUUGUCACAGAAUAUGUUUUUGCGUUUGGUCUCGAUAUCCAGUCUCUGAAGAGACUUUCUGCCAGAACAGGUGUGCCAUACGCUGAUCUGCGUGCUGUCAUCAUUUCACCACUGGCUGCAGUAGAAAUAAGUAUACAUCUCCUCAUUAAGGUGAUAGUCCAACUUGGGUCCGUAGCUGCAUUAAUGGCAGCAGAGGAAGUGUUCAGAUGGAUUCCAAUUAUUGGAAUCCCAAUAGCAAUGGGUCUCUCUUUCACCACAACUUACAGAAUUCUGAAUUUGUUCCUUGAUAAGCUCGCUGAUGAUGCUCAGAGGGUGUUUGAAAGAGCUUUAGUCUGA